UCAUGUUCCUUACAACCGUAAAUUGAUAACAAAGAUAACGGAUGAGUAUCAAGAACGGCUUUUUCCGGCAUUUUCAAUGUAUGGAUACGGAUCAUAACGUUUGAACAUUAAAUUGCCAAAACUUCUUUUUCAGACUUACUGAUUAUUGUAAUUUGUAGAUAGAUGAUAAAAUUAAAUCAGAAGAAUCUCGAUUCUUGUUACCUACCUUUUGUUUUUUUUAGUACCUACCUUAUCAUGCACUAAACUAAUGAAUUGAUAAUUGAUAAUUGUUUGUACGGACUGUAUAAUAUAGUAUUAUUUAUAUGUUAUACAAUGGAGUACAUUAGGUUUCUAGUUUGUUGGAAUUAAAUACAAUUAAGUACCUAGAUUAGGUACUGAAGAAAACAUGUCAUUAAAAGAGACUCAAAAAAAGGAGAUAUCCCAAAAGGAUUAUCUUAAAAGAUAUCUUUCUAGUGGAAAGAAGAAAAUAGAAAAAAGAAAAAUUCCAAAAAGAGUUCAAAUUAUUGAUGACAAUAUUGAUUGCAUUGAAAAUGAUUGUGAAAAUAAUAUUGGAUUUGAUCCAGUUGAUGAAUUUGCACCUCAAAUAGUAGUCAUUUUUAAUGAGAGGCCUAAAGAUAUUAAAAUAUUGAAUAUGUACAAAAAUAAAAAAUGGUGGAAACGAAUAGGUGGUGACUGUGACAUUGAAGAAGACUCAACUAAAAUUGACAUUGAUCAAGUCAACAAUAAUGUUCAACAAGAAAAUUAAGAGUCAGAGGAAAAUGAUAUACCUAUUAGACGUGACCAAAAAACUGGCCAAAAAUGUGAUCUCAAAAGGGAAAGAGAAGAAGAGAAGAAGAAAGAAAAAAUAUUAAAAGAACAUAAAGCAAAAUAUGCUAUAUAGGGAAAAGGAUCACUGAAGUUGGGAAUUAUGAAUAAUAUCUGAUUCACCUUUGCCUCUCCGGCCUCCACAUUGACCAUAAUUUAAACACACAGUUACAAUAUUAAUAGAUUCAUGAAAUAUGUUGAUUGGAGAUAGUCGGGAAUUAAUUUUUGGGUAAAACAAGUUAAGGAAGCUCAAGUAUAAUAUCAGUCUGAUCUACAUGAAAUGUGAAAACCAUUAGCAAAAUAUGCAGAUGACCAAAACCUAGAGAAUUUGUUGAAAUCUAAGAUCAGAGAUGGAAAUCCCAUGCUUGAGUACAUCACAAAUAACCAAGAAACGGGUGAAAAUUCUCCUGAUGAAGUAAGAGGGUUUCGAGGAUUUUGUCCACCAAAUAGGUUUGAAAUUCGACCAGGAUUUGCAUGGGAUGAUGUAGAUGGAUCAAGUGGUUAUAAAAAAAAAUGGCUAUUGUAACAAAAUUCACAGAAAGCGUUGGAAGACAAAGCGUAUAAAUGGAGCUGUUAUGAUAAGUUAACUUCUAGGGCAUCUAUCAUGUGAUUUAUUUGAAAUUGUAUAAACAUGUAAAUACCAAUUUCAGUAUUUAAAUCUCAAAUUGUAAUAAAUUAUAGGUCAUAAUAUUAUCUAUGGAUUAUACAUAUUUUGUUUAUUUCAAAUUUAUUUUAAGUUAAUUCAUAUGUACUUUUUUUUUUAAGAUUAUCUAGAUUUAUUAGUUAGUUGGGGAAUAGAACUAAGCUCCUGAACUCAGGCAAUCAAUACUUUAAGAUAUAUUUUCUGAAUUGUUAUCGUUUUACAAAAUAAAAUUGAUAAUAAACAUUUAUUUAAAUCACAUA